CUCUAUAAUAGGACAAGUUCGAAAUUAGUGUUGCGUGACCUGCGCCUGUCGUGACGCUGGGGCUGGCUCUGUUAGAAGGGAACAUGGGUCUAUUACGCAAUUACGCAAUUCCAGCCUCACGAAGCAUGAUUAGGCUGCGCUUUUACCUAGCUUUGAACCGAUUAUGCAAUUAAUUGCAUGUACCAAGAGUCCAUACGCAACGUUUUGCUAGGCCCGACUGAUUACACUUCUGCACUGAUGCCUCCAACCCCCCUCCAUUCCUACCUGAAGCCUAGGCUCUGUCCCUUCAGGGCUUAUGAUAAAGUCAAACCUCACGAUCAGGUUGACAGCUAACCUGGGCUGGGGUGGAUACUCGCUCGACCGCGGCGGGUUUAUGAUGACGCGAGUCAUUGGACCCGCAGCAGCAUGGACCCGCACGGCCACAGCACCGCUGCUUUUGGCCGCCCCCUUUCCGUUUAUGCUGCGCACAAAAUACUAUCGACACAAAGACGUCCUUACUAGAGACCAAAGAAUUUUCAAUCACGCACAACGCCAAGGCCAGGUCAUUACGCUGGCACACGCCUUCACUCCAAGCUUACUUUAAUAUUAUCAAGCCAGAACAGGUUGCUGACGAGUGGUUCAGGCAUAGUUCAUGAUAAGUCCGAACCGAUUGGCAGGACUGGCCAACUGCGGCCGUUUCAACCAAGUCGGCAUCGCGUGAAAGGCAACUUUAGGACGAAGGUGUAUUUGCAGCUGCAAUGGACUCCAGAGGCAGCGUUCGGCUGCGGCCCUUGCAGCGCGAGGAUAUCCCAGUGAUUUUGCAGCUGUGGUUGGACGGGUGGGAGCAGACGUUUGCCUUUUGGGGGCCGAUGGCCUGGCGCAAGUAUGCCCGGUACGCGUGCGCCCUCGCCGCCGCCACGCUGCUCCUCACCGCCGGCGCCUACGUCGUGCUCCGGGACCCUGCCACGCUGCAGGCCGCCGUUGCGGCCACCGCCUCCUCCGCCGCUUCCUCCCCUUCCCCUUCCGCCUCCCCCUCCGCCGCCUCGUCCGCCGCCGCUAGCUUCCUGCAGCUCAUGGUCGCCGAGGUGAAGCUGGUGGCAGCUGACAUGGCGCUGGUGCUGCCGCGCUGGGCGCUGGCUACUGCCGGCUUCUUGGGACUGCUGCUGCCGGCCGUCGUGACUCUUAUGCCGCGCCAGCUGCAGGUGGCAAUUAUGCGGCCGGUCAUGAUGAAGGGCGUGUGGAUGUACUGCCCGGACAUGAAGGACAUGUACGGCCACUGGGCUAAGCCGGAGGAGGGCCGCGCAUACUACGUGGCGGUUGGGCCGCGGGAGCUGGCGCCCGUGGGACCUCUUGCUGAGCCGCCAGCGGCUGCUGGGGAGGCUGGGGCGGCAGCGGAGGUGGAGGUGGUGCUUGGUGGGGUGGCGAUCAAGGCUGGCGCCGCGCUGCGGCCGCUGCCGCCGGCAGACGGGCCGGAGCAGGCCACUGGUAGCGCUGCUGACGCAAGCGAGAGCGCUGACACACAGAAUCAGCUGCAGCUGCGGCACAGGAAGCCGCCACAGCCAGCGGUUGCGGCUGCCACUGCCAACGGCAGCAACAGCAGCAACGGCGCUGCUGCCAGUAGUGGCACCACCAAGGCCCCCUCCGCCACGGCCAAGGCCGCCACUGGCGCCGCCGCCACCACUGACCUGCCCACCGGCUUCACUGCCGCCGAGUCCAGCUUCCACGACAGCCCCGGGCCGCACGACGUCUUAUUAUACCGCAUGGUCGUGGAUCCAACCGUACGGCGCCGCGGCGUGGGCCGGCGGUUGGUGGAGCACGUGAUGGAGCGUACGGCGGCGGUUGGUGGCGCGCGGGUGCUGCUGGCAAGCGCCAACCCCGAGGCGGUUAGGUUCUACGAGGCGUGCGGCUUCUCUCGUGACGGUCUGAAGCAGCCAGGUAGCAGCAGCCAGGGUAAAGGGAAGGAGAAGGAUGACGGCAAGGGAAAGGGCAAGGCCGCUUCGGGGCCGGCACUGCUGGGGCGGCGGGCGGCGGUGGGUGUGGCGACGGCGGCGGGUGUGGAGGCAGCAAAGGCGGUGGGAGAGCAGGUUGUGCAAGCGGCGGGCAACGCCGCCUAGGCGGAGGCUCGCUCGGACACGGAGCGGGAGCGCGUGUGCGUGCGGAGCGCACGGUGUGACAGAUGCGGGCCGUGCCGAAGCCAAGAACCCGACCGCAUUGCGUGCUCCGGUUGUGGUCAGGGGCUGCUGUGUGCUGCUCACACAACAGCGGUGUUGCGUGAUGACCUAUGACCUGUGAAAUCUGACACGAACUGUCCCCUCCCACCCAUCUGCACGGACUGGCCCUCCUGUCCUCCAUGCACCAACGAAUGCGCACAGCCCGCCCGCCCCCCUGGGUUCGGCUUAGUUCGGGCUGGUAUCUACACCCCCCCGCCAUGGACGUUCUACGCCGGUGGUGGCGGCGGGACGCGGCGCCACCCUAGGGCGCCACGCCGCCGCGGCCUUCCCUGCAUCGCCACACGCGUGUCUGCGCGCUGGCCUGCUGGGGGUGACGCGUGGUCCUGUUGCCGUUUGCGAUUUGCGAUUUGCGGUGCUAGUGCUAGUAUGGAUAAGCUAUUGCAAGGAACAAAUUGUUGGCAAGGAACUUGGCAGCGCCGACACAGCAAGGACAACCUUGAGAACAACCAUAUGCACGAGUGCGUGUGGGUAGCCAUGAGCGCGAGCGAGGCCCAGUGCAGCGCAAAGGUUCGCGCCGUCAUGAGUGUUGAAUGGGCAAGUAAACGGCUGCAGUUGCAGCCUUUCAGAGAGGCGAAAUGGGCGCGACUGAUGCCCCACACCUGGGCACACCAAAUCUGACCGCGGCUGGGUGCAACCUGCAUAAGUGCAGAUUACGCACACCCUGCUAAUCCUUGCCUACAUCUGAUGUAAACAAAGCAACAC